AUGCAGCAUCCCCUCGCGGGCGGAACAUGCGUCGCUCUGCCUAACGUGGACCUUUGUCCCCAGCUCUCCUGUGCCUUGACUUUCAUGUACCUACAGCAGGGUAACCAGGACACCCCAGCACCUCCAGAAACCAUGGCACAGCCUUACCCCCCAGCCCAGUUUGCCCCCCCCCAGAACGGCAUCCCGGCCGAGUACUCGGCCUCCCACCCCCACCCGGCGCCGGACUACCCGGGCCAGACGCCGGUGCCCGAGCACACUCUGAACAUGUAUCCUCCUGCACAGACACACAGCGAGCAGAGCGCAGCAGACACCAGCGCACAGACAGUCUCCGGAACAGCCACACAGACAGAUGACGCAGCACAGACAGACAGCCAGCAACAGACACAGUCGUCCGAAAACACGGAAAACAAGACACAGCCCAAGCGGCUUCACGUCUCUAACAUCCCGUUCAGGUUCAGGGAUCCAGACCUCAGGCAAAUGUUUGGCCAAUUUGGUAAAAUCUUAGAUGUUGAGAUCAUUUUUAAUGAGCGAGGAUCGAAGGGUUUUGGUUUCGUAACUUUCGAGAAUAGUGCUGAUGCGGACAGGGCCAGGGAGAAAUUACACGGCACCGUGGUAGAAGGGCGUAAGAUAGAGGUAAACAAUGCAACUGCGAGAGUUAUGACAAACAAAAAAACAGUCAAUCCGUAUACAAAUGGUUGGAAGUUGAAUCCCGUGGUGGGUGCAGUCUACAGUCCAGAAUUCUAUGCAGUGCCAGGCUUCCCGUACCCAGCAGCCACAGCGGCAGCAGCAUACCGAGGGGCUCACUUAAGAGGGAGGGGGCGCACGGUCUACAACACGUUCAGGGCAGCGGCACCUCCUCCCCAUAUCCCCGCCUACGGAGGUGUUGUAUACCAGGACGGAUUUUAUGGUGCAGAUAUUUAUGGUGGUUACGCUGCCUACCGAUAUGCCCAGCCUGCCACUGCCACGGCUGCUGCCUAUAGUGACAGUUACGGAAGAGUAUAUGCUGCCGAGCCCUACAACCACGCACUUGCUCCAGCAGCCACAUACAGCGUUGGUGCCAUGAACGCUUUUGCGCCGCUGGCUGAUGCCAAGACCAGGAGCCACGCCGACGAUGUCGGUCUCGUUCUGUCUUCACUGCAGGCUAGUAUAUAUCGAGGUGGAUACAGUCGUUUUGCGCCAUACUAA